AUGAAACGGUUCCUUUCGUGGAUUUGCCGCAGGCCGGAGCCUGAGCCUGUACAAGAUGGCGUGCGAUCAGCGGGAGCUGUGGACCCUCUCACAAGCUCCAAGAUCUUCGAGAAGAUACAAAAGGAUGAAGAUCUUUACGCUCUCCCGAUUCCGGGCGCCUUCCCACCCUCGCCAUCCGUGUCACCGCGCCUCGCGCCGCGCGAUGAGCACUUAGAGGAGGACUACGUUCUCGUGGACACGACGCAGGAAAUUGGAGUCGAUGUUUCAACUGCUCCAAUACUACACACAGAUCUUGGGUCAUAUCUGCAUCCAAGGAGACCGAAAUACACACCUUCCCCGCAGCGCUUCCGACCCGCCGAACCCGCCACUGCAAAGCCAAUACGAAGACCGCAUUUUCAAGAUGACCAGGCUAUUGAGGACCCGUAUGGCCGAAAGUACAAGGCAUACGAGAAGCUGCCCUUGGGCAGGGCAAUGUCUGCCGUCUCUCUAUUCUACCCCGAGCAGAAACCACUCCCGGACAAUCGCAUUGCGUCUAUACUUGCGCCUGAAUGGGAACAGCGCGAAAAAGAAAGGAAAGCCUUGGAAGGCUUGGCUGGUCGUUCGACUCGGAUUAUUCCACGUGGACCGGCUGUGCGACCGUUGUCGAGGGAAUGGAUUAUGAAGGUCUCGGAGGCUAUGAGGACGCUUCAGGGUUAUGCGGUCGCCAGGUCUCCCUCUGGUGACGACCUGUAUCAAAAGGAUAUCGCGACGUGUAUCAAGCCACUGGCAUGGCUUAAUGAUGAAAUUAUCAACGCAUACUUGACUGUCCUUGUUCAAUAUCUCCGGCAGUCGACUGGCAACACGGCAUCGGGCGAGCGCCCCAAAUUUCACGCUUUCAAUACGUUCUUCUACUCCACCCUUAGAGACAAAGGGUACCAAGGUGUCCGCCGCUGGGCCAACCGGGCUAAGAUUGGCGGUGAAGCUCUCCUAGAUGUUGACACUGUCUUCAUACCCGUGCACCAGGCAAGUCACUGGACUCUAAUGGUUGUACGACCCGUGGACAGGACCAUCGAAUACUUCGAUUCACUCGGUGCUCGUGGCAUGCGAGAGGUAGAAGUCAUCAAGAAGUGGCUUGCUGGAGAACUGGGGAACAAGUUUGACGCGGAAGAAUGGUCCUUCUUGCCCUCUGUCUCUUCCCACCAGGAUAACAUGAGUGACUGUGGCGUGUUUCUUCUCAUCAAUGCCAAGGCAAUUGCUCUUGGUAUUGAACCCACGGCGUUUGGGGCAAAAGAUACGGUUGACUUGCGGGUGAAGAUUGUCGCGGAACUCAUGAAUGGCGGGCUACAUGGUCCAUUCUACCCAGUGGAUAAGAUGGGCCAGACGUGGCUUUGAAAGCAUCCUCCCACGAUGACAUCUUUGGAGUGCCCACGACGCAUCUCACCAAAGUUUCGACCUUGAAAUCAGCCCUUCCACCCACGAUUGACGCUUCCGAUAUCUAUUAUUUCGAGGGUACCGCCCUCAUCUCAUACAUGACUUCAGCCCAUGCAUUGUCGUCACCCAGGCGUUUACAUUUUUACAUGUUUUCAUUUUUCAUCUUCAUUUUACCGGCGUAUAUGGCGAACCAGAAACAGGGGAUGAUCCUUACGGGGAGGACCUAGGGCACGGUCAAAACAGGACUAUUCUAUUAUGUAUGGGAAUCAGGGGGAUUUUCUUUUUCUUAUUAUUGUUACUCUUGGUUUUUCAUGGUUUGAACGAAUUCAAAUGAUACCCUAUUGUCGUUGAUGGAUGAAGUAUUCUUGUGUGAAAGUUGGAGUUUGAAGUUCGUGUGAGUUCGGCUUGGAUGAUCUAGGUUAGUGUUUCUAUUAUGUGCGAUGUUCAGUAGGUUAGAAUCGAAUAUGAACGGCUUUAUUUACA